UGGCGGCGAUGCUGGGCGUCAGCCCCACUCCCGGGGCGGAGACCCCGGCGCCUGUGCCGCCGAGCGGGACCCCCUUCGAGGAAACCAGGCUGCACGUCUUCACCUUGGAUUACCUGCACGUGAGGGUGCCCUUCGAGAUCACCCUGUGGAUCCUGCUGGCUUCUUUGGCCAAGAUCGGUUUCCACCUAUACCACAAGCUGCCCCAUGUAGUGCCAGAGAGCUGCCUCCUUAUUCUGGUUGGAUUAAUUCUAGGUGGAAUUAUGUUUGGAGUACAAGAAAAGUCUAUAACGGUGAUGAACAGUGAUGCUUUUUUCUUGUACCUUCUGCCCCCAAUUGUCCUCGACGCCGGCUACUUCAUGCCAACACGCCUCUUCUUUGAGAACUUCGGCACCAUUUUCUGGUACGCGGUUGUAGGGACUCUUUGGAACUCAUUUGGCAUCGGCAUUUCCCUCUUUGCCAUUUGCCAGAUUGAAGUAUUCGGCCUGAGUGAUAUCACUCUACUGCAGUGCCUGCUUUUCGGCAGCUUGAUUUCAGCCGUGGAUCCCGUGGCAGUGCUGGCAGUUUUUGAAAACAUUCACGUCAACGAGCAGCUGUACAUCCUAGUUUUUGGGGAGUCACUGUUGAAUGAUGCUGUAACGGUGGUCCUGUACAACCUCUUCAAGUCUUUCUGCAAGAUGCGUACAGUUGCGGCUGUUAGCAUAUUUGCUGGAAUUGCUAAUUUCUUUGUAGUUGGCAUCGGCGGAGUUUUGAUUGGAAUUGUUAUGGGCUUUGUAGCAGCUUUUACGACACGUUACACCCAUAAAAUCCGAGUGAUUGAACCACUGUUUGUCUUCUUGUACAGUUACCUGGCAUACAUAACAGCUGAAAUGUUUCAUCUCUCAAGCAUUAUGGCGAUUACAGCUUGUGCUAUGACCAUGAGUAAAUACGUGGAGGCGAAUGUUUCUCAAAAGUCCUACACCACAAUAAAGUACUUCAUGAAGAUGCUGAGCAGUGUCAGCGAGACCCUGAUCUUUAUUUUCAUGGGAGUGUCCACCGUUGGAAAAAACCAUGAGUGGAACUGGGCCUUUGUUUGCUUUACCCUCCUGUUUUGUUUGAUUUGGCGUGCACUAGGAGUUUUUGCACUGACUCAAAUUAUUAAUGUAUUCCGGACAAUUCCUAUAACGUUUAAGGACCAGUUUAUUAUAGCCUAUGGAGGCCUCCGAGGAGCCAUAUGUUUCUCUCUCGUUUUCUUGCUUCCUUCUGCCGACUUCCCUAGAAAGAAGCUUUUCAUUUCUGCUGUUAUUGUGGUGAUAUUCUUCACAGUUUUCAUUCAGGGAAUAACAAUUCGUCCACUGGUGGAAUUUCUGGAUGUUAAAAGAGCAAAUAAGAAGCAACCAGCUGUUAGCGAGGAAAUUUAUUGUCGGUUCUUUGAUCACGUGAAAGCUGGAAUUGAAGAUGUGUGUGGACACUGGAGUCACAACUUUUGGAGAGAUAAGUUUAUAAAGUUUGACAAGAAAUACUUGCGAAGGCUUCUGAUUAGGGAAAGUGAGCCUAAAUCAAGUAUAGUUUCCCUGUACAAGAAACUUGAAAUAAAGCAUGCGAUAGAGAUGGCAGAGUGUGGAAUGAUAAGUACAGUACCAUCGCUGGCUUCUAUAAGUGAACUUAAAGAAGAAGAAGAAGAAAUAAGGCCUUCCUAUCCUGUCAAGAUGGAUGAUAUAAGAUACAUUUUAACAAAAAAUCUCUAUCAGAUACGGCAAAGAACUCCAUCAUACAACAGAUACAGUCUCGCCGAAGAUGCAAGCGAAAAGCAGGCGAAAGAAAUUUUGAUUCGGCGCCGACACAGCCUGAGGGAGACCGUGAAGAGGGGCAGCAGCUUGUCAAGACAGGUAGCAGCCAAACCGCCCCGUUAUCUUUCACUGCCUAAAAACACUAAACUCCCUGAGAGAGUACGGAAAAGAAAUCAAUCUUCUUAUAAAGUAACGGACGACAGCGAUUCUGACUCUGAUCAAAGCACGGUGCUGAAUUUGAAAUCCCAAGCAGGAAAAAUUCUGAGAGACCAGAGGCUUCGACAGCAGCAGUGUAGGAUGGAAUGGAAAAACGAAACGGACAGGAGCAACAGAGAGACAGCAAGCCACCCCCAGGGAAACAGAGGCUUCAGGCAACCACUUUUGCCAAGACCAGCAUUUGGUGCACUGAACGAGGAAGAGUCAGCGGAAGAUGACGGACCCGCCAAACCACUGCCACCGCCUCGUUUAAUCCGACAGGCUUCAAAAAGGCCUAGUGAUAAAUCCGAGAAUAAACCAUAUUGAAAGCUGCUAAAUGGAGCCAUUAACAAUGAACAGCAGAGAGAGGCACUUUAAACUGGACAGAUGGAGCCAUAAGGGUCAUGGGUACCGGUUGGGGAUGGGAGGGAAAGAAAUCAUGUUCUUUCACUAUGUGGAGAAAAAACAAAACUCCUCACCUUCUGUGGAACCAAAUAGUGCAACUAUUUUGUUUUAUAU